CUGCUUCUGUGUUGGAGGUUGCCUCUUGUAAUGAACCUCAUGGACUUAUAAUUGACUAUCUGCGACUGCUCUUCUCUUUUGUUCACCUGGAAAUUCCUAGUGCAGUGUAUAAAUAAUUAAUGUUACUUUGAAACAACAAAAAUAUACCGUUUUCACUGUUAUACAAUCUGAAGUCCGGCAGGCACUAUCGAUUACGUUCGCUGUGACGUACGGACGUUGUUUGACGAAGUCGGAAAUGAAUUGAAGCUUAGUGUUGGACAUCAAAAUAGUGAAAUGCUUUAGUUUUCAAAUCGUACCAUUCAGUAACCUAUUGCAGAUAUUCAGCUACACAGACUACCGAUUCCGUUAACGAUUGGCUAGUUACAUUGCUUCGAUCAGGAUGGAGCAGGACACUGUCCCGGAGUCUGUGGCCUCACCACCUUCAGGUGCAGCAAAAUCAAAGUUGGACACGUUGUCCAAGGAUGACCUCAUCAAGUUUGCCAAGAAGCAGAUGGCUGCCAUCCAGAAGAUGAAGUCCAAAUGUGCAGAUUUGGAGAAGGAAGUUGACACCCUCAAGUCUCAGCCAACAGGCAAUUCAGACGAAUCCGUCAUACAGGAGCUGACUGAGAGGAUGAGUGCCUUGCUGCUGGAGAAGGCUGAGACCCAGCAGAGUGCAGUGUUACUGCGGAAGGAGAAUGAGAAGGUCAAGCAGUGGGAACAGGAUGCAGUAAGAAAACUGGCCACCCUGCAGGGAGAGUUGAACCAGGCCAAGGAAGACCACCAGGAAAAGAUGGCCACUUUUGAGAAGACCAUGCACAUAUCCCAGGCCAAACAUAAAGAAGAAGUCGAAUUCUUUCAGAGGCUUCUGAGAGAGAAAGACGAGAGUGACAGAGAGAAAGAGAGCGAAAGAGAGAAAGAAAAGCAUAGGGAAAGAGAAAAAGAAGAUACAAACGACAGUGUAGAAGCUGUUAGUCACAGCCUGGAGUUGCAGAUCUUGAGUCUGCAGACAGAGCUAGCUGCAGCGGUGGAGCGAAGUGCCCAGGAGGCUGCAGUGCUGCAGGAUGACCACCAGAGGGCGCAGACAGAGGCCCAGCAAGAAGUAGAGAACCUACGAGAAGAGUUGGCCCAGCAUAGCAUGCAACAUGAAGAGGAGCUGAGAGCUCUGGAGGAGGACUUUGAGAUGGAGAGAGAGAGACUGCUUCUCCUCCAAGAGGAGCUCAGUGAGCAGCUCGCUCUCAAAGACAGUUUCUUGCAGGAUGUGCAGGAGGAAGAGGAGGAGCCUAGCGGCCGCAGCUCGGGGAUAGCCAGGAUGUUGGAGCUGUCUGGUUUAAGUCAGAUUGAUGCCAGUGAUGGAGAGACGGAGACUGGACAGCUCCGAUCCGCCUUGGAGGACCUGCAAUCCCAGAAUACAAUGCUGCAAGACGAACUGACCUUCUUGGGCAAUGUGAAGACUCAACUGGAGGCGGAGCUUGAGAGGAUGAGGGAGGAGUUUCAGACAGAGAAGGAAGAGCUAGAAUUUAAGAUCGAUGAGUUGCUGAUGACCCGGGAGGGUGCGACCCCUGACCUGAAUAUGACCCCUUACCGAGACCCUCUGAGCCCAGCAACCCCCAAGUGUGACCUUCAGGAGGUUCCAGCCCUCACUCAGCUCCAGCAGAGUGGGCCACAGAGAGAACCAGCGUACAGCCUGCCUGCCAGCUCUGCUAGCCCCUCCAGCCCUUUCCCUGACACAGACCACCAGAGUUUGACCCUGGAAGAACAGCAGAGACUGAUCCUAGAGGUCCAGGAGCUGAGGACCCAGUGUGAGACCUUAGCUAGAAAGAAUACCCAGGCGGUGGGUGAAUGUGAGUCUCUAGCCAAAGAGAGGUGCCAGGCAGUGGAUGAAUGUGAGUACCUAGCCAGAGAGAGGGGGCAGGCGGUGGCUGAGUGCGAACACACCAGAGACAUCCUGAGAGGCCUGGAGACUGAGCUAGGUCAGAGGACUGGGGACUUCGUCAGACAAUAUGAAGCUAUGAAGGAACAGGGGGCGUCAGCGAUCCAGGAGCUACAGGAGAGAGUCAGAGGGCUAACUGAGGAGAAAGAGAGUCUGGUAGAGAAGUUGAGAGUGCUGAAUGAAAACAGAGAAAGCCUAUUGGAGGAGGUCCAGGGCCUGGAGAAGAGGCUGGAGAGCUUCCUGGAGCAGACACAGGCAGCCGAGGGGCUGAACGAGCAGCUGCAGACUUCUCUGGAGGAGAAGACAGAAUUAGCUCUCGAGUUUAAGACCUCUCUGGAGGAGAAGACUGUGUUAGCCUCUGAGCUAAAGGCCUCUCUUGAGGAGCAGACAGCGUUAACCCUCGAGCUAAAGGCUUCAGUGGACGAUCUGAGCAGGCAGAAUGGGGAGAUCCUCUCUCAGCUACAGAUGAAGGAGAGUGCUGUUCAGGAGUUGGAGGAUUCACUCAAUGUGGUGAGCACAGAGAGGGACCAAACACUGUCAGCACUGCAGGAGAUGGAGGUGGUGAGGCUGAGGGAGGUGGAGGGGAGGCAAGGCCAAAGAGAAAGGGUGGCUGAGCUACAGGCUCGUAUAGAGGAGCUGGAGAAGGAGAAGAGCCUGCUGAAGAACAGCCUAGGGGAGGUGCAGGGGAGCCCAGGGGAGGAGGUGGAGGAGCUACAGACUCGUAUAGAGGAGCUGGAGAAGGAGAGGAGCCUGCUGAAGAGCAGCCUAGGGGAGGUGCGGGGGAGCCCAGGGGAGGAGGUGGAGGAGCUGCAGGCUUGUGUAGAGGAGCUUGAAAAGGAGAGGAACCUCCUGAAGUGUAAUCUGGGGGAGCUGGUGGGAGAUACUGAAGCUCUACAGAGAGACCUGGUAGAGAUGAAACUUGCCAAUGAGAAGAUGAGAACAGAGAAUCAGGAAUUAUUGGCCCAGGUCAGCAACGCUACAGAGACACUGGCAGACAAAGAGAGGGAGCAGAAGGUGGGAGGAGAGACGGAGAGAGAGGAGGAGGAAAAACAAGAGGAGAGGAGAGCGCUACAACAGCAGCUAACAGAAAAGGACAAAGUCAUAUCCCAGCUGAAGAGUGAGUUGGCUGUCCUGCAGUCUACAGCCUCCACUGUCUCAGAGGAGAACACAGCCGUAGAGUUCACUGAGAAAAUCGCCCUGCUGGAGAAGGAAAGCAAAGAGAAGAAUGAGAGGAUGAAUAAGAUCAAGGCGGUGGCUGUGAAAGCCAGGAAGGAGCUGGACACCAGCAGGAAAGAGGCUGUGUCUCUGAAGGAGGAAGUGGAAGUGUUGAAGGCUGAGCGAGAGAAAGUGACCAGCUCAAUGAAAGACAUCAUUCAUGGAGCAGAGGGAUACAAGAACUUACAGUUGGACUACGACAGACAGACAGAGCAGCUGGAUAAGGAGAGAGAGAAGGUGGAGGGAGCUGAGAAACAGAUCUCCGAGCUGACCAAACGACUCAACACCGCCGUACAACAGCAUGAGCAGCUGUGGUCGGAGAGAGAGGACCUGAUGACUGGAAUGGAGACGCUGAGGAGCACGGUGAGACAGAUGGAAGGACAGACAGCAGAGCUGCACAGGCAGACAGACACCCUGAACAGAGACCAUCAGGCUGAGAGACUACUGAAGGAACAAAAGACAAAGGAGCUGUCGUCGUUGCAGAAGGAGGUGGAGGAGUUGACCGCUCAGCUCCACAGACAGAAGCAGCAGUCUCAGCAGACUGCACGGGAGCUGGAGCAGCUACGCAAGGAGGCCCAGCAGAGCUCGUUGUUGGACAUGGAGAUGGCAGACUAUGAACGCCUGGUCAAAGAACUCAACACCAACCUGUCAGAGAAGGACGUGUGUGUGGAGGAGCUGAAAACACAGAUACACACACACACUCAGAAAGAAGACACACUCAACCAGGAGAUUGAGGGUCUGAAGUCCCAGCUGGACCAGGGGGAGGACAAGGGCGCCAAGAUGAAACAGCUGCUGGUGAAAACCAAGAAAGAUCUGGCGGACGCCAAGCGGCAGGAAGCCUCUCAGAUGAUGACCCUGGCCUCUCUGAAGGGAGAACUGGAGACCUACCAACAGGAGCUAGAGAACAGUAAGAUCCAAUGCUGUGACCUGUCUGGGGAGCGCCACCGGCUGCAUGAGCAGCUGAGGACUCUGACGGAACAACAGCAGAGAACAAGCAGCACCCUGCAACACCGACUGACCUCACUACAGCAGGAGUUCAACACUGCCAAGGCUGAGCUGUCAUUUGUCACUACUGAGUUUGACAGCUAUAAGGUCAGAGUUCACAAUGUCCUCAAACAGCAGAAGAACAAGAGUUCGGCCCAGAGUGACGGACACGCCACCAAACAGGAGAGAGAGCAGAUUGAGUCCAUGGUGGACCAGUAUAAAGCCAAGCUGCAGGACAGUCAGCAGAGUCUGGCGGUGAGCACUGCAGAGUUCCAACAGCUCCAGAUGGAACACGACACACUGCUGGAACGACACAACAAGAUACUGCAGGAGACCGUAACUAAAGAGGCCGAACUCAGAGAGCGACUCCUGUCUCUCCAGGCAGAGAGUAUGUCGCUGCGGACAGAGCUUGCCCAGACGGUGGGUCAACUUACCUCCCAGGCCGACGCCCAACGCUCAGGGUUCCGGGAGCAGAUCCGCCACCUUCAGGACGAACACAGAACUACAGUAGAGACCCUGCAGAACCAGAUGACCCGGCUGGAGAACCAACUAUUCACAUUGCAGAGCCAGACCGCUCCAGUCCAGACCAGUCGUAAGCCAGUGGUGGACCGCCGGACUGUGGACCAGGGGGCGAUGGGGGGGCUGGGCCUCAGUGACCUCCAGUCCAUGGCUAGAGAGGAGGGGGAGGGCAUGGAGACCACUGAGACAGAGUUCCUGUCCCUCCCACACACACCCCUACCCUCACUGGAGCAUCUACUCACCUCCCCAGACCCCAAACAGGAGCCGUUUGUGUGGCAGGUGGAGCCGACUAAAGAGGAGUUAAGUCAGAAGUUGGCCACAGCUACACGCAGUAUGGAACACAUGAACAUGCUACUGCAUGAGACAGAGGCUACCAACGCUGUUCUGAUGGAACAGGUCAAUCUGUUGAAGUCUGAGGUGCGUCGUCUGGAGCGUAACCAUGAGAGGGAGAAAAGUGUAGCCAACCUGGAGUAUCUGAAGAAUGUCCUCCUGCAGUUCAUCUUCCUGCAGUCAGGCAGCGAGAGACGGGCUCUACUCCCUGUCAUACACACCAUGUUACAACUCAGCCCUGAGGAGAAGAAUAAACUGGCUGCUAUCGCAAUGGGUGAGGAGGAGGUGGGAGGAGCUAAAGGCUCAGGAUGGACCUCCUACCUUCACAGCUGGUCUGGCAUCAGAUAAAGACAUCAACUACUGCCAUCUCACUACCUGCCUUCACUUUCAUCUGAUCAAUAUGUCUGAUCAACUGGAGUUAUUAAAAAGUCUUCAUAUAUUAUUCAUGAUCAUUAAUCUACUUGAAAUGAAGCAAGUGCUGACAGCAGCAAAACAAGCCAGUGUCUUUUAACUGUUUAGUUACUGGACCAGUGAUGAUUCCUCAAUGCCUCACAUUCAAUACUUUGUUUUUUACGACUGAAUUUGUAGCUUCGUAAUAAUCCGCUCCAUGCAGCGCCUAAGUUAAAAUGGUUAAUGAAGUGAACUAUGACUGUGAUGACACACUUAAGAUCUAAUGUAGAGUGGUUAAUCAACAAUUAUAACAAUUCACACCUGUUUCGAUGUAUCAAUAUUACAUACCAAAGAAUGCUAUGUUAAUAUGUAGGUACGUAGUCUGUAAUUAGUCAAUGUGUGUGUGUGUGUGUGUGUGUAUAUAUAGUAAUUAUGUACUUGCUGUGAAAUCACAAUGUUAUUGCAAUGUGGGGCUGCUUUUUUUUCAAGUUAACCAAACAUGAAGAAAGGGUACUGGAUAUCAAUGACUGGGUCAAAUUGAGGCCUCUGCUUUGUCGUCCUAUGGUUGUGCUUCAUAUCACAUCAUUUACAAACAGCUAUCUGCACUUGAAUUUACACAUUUGGUGGACUAGCACCAACUGUGACAUGUAUAGGAGUCACAUUAGGCUCUCAUUUACUAUGGCCUGAAAUUGUACUCUUAUUUCCCAUAUAUUGCACAAUAUUGGGAUAAAGUGCCGGUUCAGAUUUGGCUCGUCUCUUACCCAGAGUUAUAUGCUAAUGUCAUUGUUCUGUGUUGUUCCUAAGGCAUAUUAAUGAAUGAGGCCAGAUGGGGACAAGUAAUACAUGGGAAUAACUGAAUGUACUCGUAAUGAAUAAUUGUAUAUUUAAACUGGGAAAGUAUAUUGUUCGGCUAUAAAAUAUGAAUGAUUACUGAUGUUGAAAACUGGUGAGGGUGUCCAGUCCUCGCGGUUGACGUUGAUAUCCGCUCUGGCUUAAGACAUGAUUUAGAAAAGGACAAAUAAGUCAAAGUUAAGCAUACGUUUUAGGUCAACCAUUUUAUAUAAAAAGGAGACCUGCAAUCAGUAGCAAAACCACCAUUCUUUUUCAUAAGAGAUUAUUUAACUGUGAAUAAAGAUGACAAUUAAUAUAUAUGCUUUUUUUUAAAUACAUUUUUUUUUUACUUUCUUGGCCUGCCGCUACUCUUGUUCAUCUAAAAAUGUAAUGUCUCAUCUCAACUUUUUAAGUCACCCCAAUUAAAUGAAUUUGAGGUAAAUUGAUGUAAUAUUUGGUAAUUUAGAAAAAGUUCUAUCAUCUAAAGAAGUUACAGUAUAUACACUGCUCAAAUAAAUAAAGGGAACACUUAAACAACA